AUAAAACUACACAUUUCAAUGUAAAAAAAUCAUAACUGUGGGAGAUCCCAGAUUAACAGACGAUUAAUUAAUAUGUAAUAAUAUGAAGAUAUUGAGUAGAAGAAGAAUAAUUAAUCAACAAUUAAUACCCCGUAUAUUCAUAAUGAUAUAGCAAUAUAACAUGAUACACGUAUGAAUUGUUGAGAGAGAAAGCUAGAGGUGCUCUACGAGAAUAAUAUGUGCAGAAUAAAUUGUGUAGAGUCUUUCUCUCUUCUAAUCUAACGUGAGAGUUCCAACAAUGAAGCGUGAGGCUAUUAGGAAUUGGGAACUCUUAGGUUGUUCAGUCCAUAUUGCCUUUGUUUAUAAGCAUAUGACUGAACAUCCUAGUUGCAAUAGGAUGACUGAUAAGUCCGUAUUUAGACACGCAUUUGAUGCGUGUUGAGAUUGGAUUUUGAUGGUUUUCCUAGCUUUAAGGUGUUACAAGUCUCAAUUUUAGCUCAAGUUAUGUUUAACAGGCGUUGGUUCGAGUUUUGUGUCAUUUGGAGUCAAAAUGAGGAUUUUAGAGUUCGGCACCGGCGCUUGAUAAGAAAUCAGGAUGAGUUAAGAAGCAUUCGGGAGUGAAUUGAGAGAUUUGGAGGUCACCGGGAAGUUCACGAUGAAGUUUUGACGACAAGAGAGCUCUAGGAAUGUCUACCGGAUCAAAAUAAGAUGAAUGGAGCUUGAAAUCAGCGAUCAGGAUGACCUUCUGUAAAUCGUUCAAGCAUAUCUCUUUGUAGAAACAUUCACUGUACACGAUUCAAAGUCCAUAUGAAAGACAAGUUCAAGGGAUACAAAUUAUAUGAAGACACCAUUGCGAGAAUCUGAGAGGAAGAAGGUGAAAACAGACGAUGAAUUCAGAUGAUCCCUGUUGUGAUUUCAGAAUGAGACCUUCCACCAUUUUGAUCAUAUCUCUUGAUUAGGUGAUUCAAAUCUAAUUCCGCAAGUUGUGGUGGAUAGAGUACUUCAUUAUCUACAACUUUCAUUAAGGAAGUAAUUCCAAAUUCGGAAGUUAAGUAGACACGGUCGUGCCCUCAAAGUUAGGAAUGAGCUAGUGGAACCCAGGCACGGUCGUGUCUGGCAGGCAGGCACGCCGUGCCUGAAGAGAAACGAGGAAUGAGCUACUGGAGGCCAGGCACGGUCGUGCCUGGAAGUUAGGCACGCCAUGCCUGGAUGCGUUUAAACGGAAUGCUUCCGUAGGCACGGUCGCAGGCACGGUCGUGCCUGGCGUCGUGCCUGACCCCGUUUUGUCCUAAUUCAGCCCAAAUUGCCUUGUUUCAUAUAAAUAUCACCCCCAUAACCCUAAUAAAGGGGGAUGGACUUUAGAGAGCUGAUUAAGGACGAAAAUAAGAGAGCUUUUCAGCCAGGUUUUUCAAUUCCUUAACAUUCUUUGUAAGUUCAUACUUUUUUAUUAAUGACAAUUAAUUCUAUUCUUCCCAAUUCCGUUGAUUCUUCAAUUAUGAAUUGCGAGUAGUUUUAAUUAGGGAUUUGGGGUUGAUGAAGGGGUUUAUAAUGAUGUAUGGCUAGUUUCUUGAUGGUUUGAUUACAUGAAUGUCAUUUAAUUUGUGUUUGAAUAACUUAAUUGUUAUCUUUUGUAAUCUGGAACCGCGGCUAGAAUUACAAUUGCACAUAGAAUAAAUUAAGAGAGGUCUAGUUUAUUCUAGGACACAUUCACACACACUUAAUCGUUCGCUAAGAGAUUAGUAGCGAUUAAGGGGCCAUAAGCUCGUUCGUCUUGGCAAUAAUUUAGGAUCCUGUCGCAUGAGAGAUCAGCCCGGUCCCCUAAAUUAUUGUACUCUACGCCGCGAGAGCGGUAAGAACUUAGUAUUGAUUAGCUAGGCUCAAUUUAAUUAAAUUCAUGUAAUUAAGCCUGAUCUGCCAGAAAUCUGAUUACCCCGGAAUCAAUCCCUGUUCCCUUCGUCGUUAAUUAAGAAGAACCCAAAUAUUUACUUUUAUUCGCUCAUUCGCAUUAGUUUACUUUCAAUUCAACCAAUCCAUCUCGCACGACGCAUUUAUUUAAUUUUAUUUCUUUUUAAUCGCUGAAUUUAGUUAAUCUUUAAUUCCCUUUUGUCCGUCCCUGUGGAGACGAUACUCGUACUUUCACCAAUAUUCUAUAAUCUUUUUAAGUGCGAGAAAACUCACAUCAAUGACCCAGAUUAAUCCAAUUAAAUGGCCCCUAAUUAAUUUAAUAGUCCACUAAUUAAAUCUAAUAUACAAAGAUAAAUCUAAUUAAAUUGAACACAAUAAAAUAUAUUCUAACAAUCUUCCCUUUUGUGUUCAAUUUGCAAUGAAGCACGAAUUAUUUUUGUCUUUGUCUUUGAUCUGCGAAUCUGCAAUGUAGAGGAGAGAUUAGAUGAGCUGGGUGGAAUUGCUCCUCUUUUGUCUUGAUCUUCACUGCAGUUCAACUACUUUCGUGUUCUUGGAAAGGCUUUGUGAAGAAAUCCUUACAAUCUCCCCUUUGAUGUCUGAUGGAGUAUAUUCCCAUAUACCUCAAGGGUAUCAUAAUCGUCGGUGAUUUACUUCACGGAUUCAUCCCAGGAUGCAUAAAAGUACUAAGUCCACAACUGGGACCGACCCCGACCCACCAACGUCGGGACAAAGCACCAGGCAACAAAACGACUAAGGUCCGAAGGCCAGCGGACCCCGACCUCGACCCCUCGAGGUCGGGAAAAUACCAAGCUCAAGAACCGCUCAAACACGACAAGUUAUGAGCCCGACCUCGAGUGUACCGAUCUCGGCACCAAUUCUGACCCUGAUCGUCGACGUGAGGUCAACAGAAGUCAAACAAAGGAGUCAAUGGGUCCAUUCGAAUAUUUGAUUUUUGUUUGGGGGUCAGAUUUUUGUUCCUUAACUACAGAUUUUGAAUUUCUACAUGCGUGUGUUUUAUUCUGCAGAUUUGAAAAAUGUCGUCUCACAGUGCUUCUGCUAACACCAGAGACAAGGCUGACCAUGGUCAUCUGCUUAAUGUUGAGGAGGUUGCCUCUAUGCUCAACGUCGCUCCUCUUAGCUCUGUCAAGAGGCGAAAAGGUGGUAAGAGGAGAUGUCGGGAUGAGGUGAGCAUCCUUGCCGAGAAUGGCCCGUUUGAGGCCACCUGUGCUCUCACGGACGACGACUGGGCUGAAGCCAGACGUCUAGCCGGUCCCACUGUUGAUAUAAUCAAGCCCGAUGUGGGGAGUUUGUCAUCCUAUUGCCCCCGGGCUUCUUCAUGGUCCACGUCGAUGCUAUGGACCACGGGUUGCGUUUUUCGCUACACCCGUUCUUUGCGGAGUACCUCAACUAGGUUGAGCUACUCCCUUGCCAGAUAACACCCAAUGGGUUUUAUCUGAUUGUUGGCUUCCUACUGCGCUGUAAGGUGUUGAAACUGAAGAUUAGCGUGGACCUCUUCUGGCAUCUGUUCUAACUCGUUCUCAACCCCUCUCCGGGGAACCAGUGUUGCGCUGCCAUCUCUCAGCGCCAUGGUAGGAGUGGGUUACAUAACACUUCAUCGCUGCACCAUGGGUGGAAGCAUAGGUUUGUUUUCAUCUGCACCGAUAGGAAGGAGGGGUCUCCCUUUACUGCCCCUGGGGCACUUUCAUUCAACGUGCACAAUGUCGGUGAACUGGGCGAGUUUGCUUACGUUGUCAAAACCUACGUUGAGUACGGUGAUCUGGACAUAAAGGUGUUUGUGACCCAGGAGAAGCUGAAGAAAGACCUGGGCUUUGUGUUCUUCACUGAGGCCCCAACCGAAGAUCAGGGUCUUCUGUAGAUGAAGAACCCCAGGUCGGGCCUGGUGUUGAUGCGCGAGCUGUUGCUCAGGAGGAGGCUGAUUUUGCAGCAACCGUUGCAGCCUCGCUGGCCAUGGGUCAGGGUAGUUCUGUUGGCACUUCUGGGCCCACCGCUUCUGAGGUGUUGGGGCCUAGUCUUCAGGUGAGGAGAGAGCAUUUUCCCAUAUGUCCCCUCCAAGGAGUGAAUACUUUGAGGAUGAGGAGCCGGUCCUGGAGAGGAGGAAAAGGAGGGAGGGGGAAUCUUCAACGGUGGAGACUGCUACUGCAAGUGAGGCAGAUCCUGCAAAGGUUGAAGUAGAUCCUGCAAAUGUUGAUUUCUUCAACCAUGUGCGAUCUCCUGCUUCUCCUUCAGGUAUUUAUCUUUAGAUUGGUGUUUUGCGUUAUGAACACAUUGUCUAGUUUGUGCCUUGCGCCCUUCUUGUUUCUUAUUGUGUUAGCCGUGUUUUCGCGGGUGGAUCUAACGUCUUUGAUCUUCUUGACAAGGCACAGGGUAGUGCAGGGAGGAAAUCCCAGCCCUCCGGGGGUGUAAAGUUUUCUGAGCCCUCCCCGGAUGGCUCCUCAUCCUCCUCUGAGAGUUUCGAGGAUGGCGAUGAUGAUGAUAAUGAUGAUGCUGGUGAUGAGGGCAUCCAGCAGGGCAAUGUCGCGGUGCAAAGGGACUGCCGCGGCUGCCACUAAUGUCGCGACCCAGUGGUGUUGCCUCGGUGCAUGGGUCUGCGAGUGGGAGGAAGAAGCGCUCAGUGGCCAAAGGCAGUUUGUCCGCCACACGAGUCCGCGAGUGGGUAGAAGAGGCGGAGAAUCCAACUGUCUUUAAGUGAUGAUCAGGGCUUUGUCUCUGAGUACAUUAAUGCAAUGGACCUGUUGGGAAUGCUCUGUUUGCCUUGCGAUGUAGGGGUCAUGGAGGAGAUGGACUCCCGGUGUGUCGUCGAUGACCUCACUUCCAGCAUCCUCAAGGCCGCCAUUCUGAGUUAUGAAAUGGCCCUCAAGGUUGAGGCAGCUGAGCUCCGGGCAAAGUGAGCUGCAAUGAAGGAGGCGAAUACUGUCCACAGCCAGUGCCUUGCUGAGCAAGCUCUGGAGGCCUCACAGAGGCAGGUUGGUGAACUUCAGGCUCAGUUUGCCAGUCUUAAAGAAUCUGCAGAUGAGGCUGUUUUGGAUCUAAGUGAGGCGGAGGCCAAUGCUCUUCGCUCCGAGGAGAAAGCUCGGGUUGCUGAAGAAAAGGCCGCUACGACCGUUGAGAAAGCCCGCAUCAACAUGGUGAAGUGGCAGUAGGUGACGGAGCUCUCCAUCCAGGCGAUGAAGGAGAGGGAUAUGGUACGCAAGUCUCUCGUUGAGGUUCAGGAAGAGGUGUGUGCCUUCAAGACCCGGUGCUCUACUAUGGAGGAUAGACUCUUGGUAGUUAUCCGUGAACGCGAAGAAUGGGAGCCUGAGCAUUAUAAGGUUGUUGCCGAGCUGAAGGAGGCUCGCUCCCGUCUUUAAGGUCAGGCACAGAAUCUGUCUCGGCUUGCUGAGGAUGCAGAGGCCGCCAAGGACCGGGCUUCCGAGUUAGAGAUUGACAUUUCCUCCCGAGAUGCAGAUCUUGGGAGACUAAGGACUGAGAUUGAGGAGAGCCGGGUUGCCUCUGGUCGUGACAAGGCAAGGAUCGUGUAGCUCAAGGCUGAUGUGAGUGCCUCGCACAAGAAGCUUGAGAGCUACGUAGCCGGUCACUCUGAUGCUAUUGACAGGGCCCGUGCUAGUGUUAUUGCUGAUUUCCAAGCCUCCUGCUCCAGGGAUCCCCCUUCUCUUCCUUCAGUUGCUUGGCUCCAUGGUGUAAUGGGCAAGCAUAUUGACAGCUGGUUGGCCACAACAGAGGGUAUGAAGUUCCUAGAGAAUAAGCUGCUGCAGUCUCUAGAGAAGUGAAGAAGAAGAAGAAGAAGAAGAAGAAGAAGAAGAGGAGGAGGAGGAGGAGGAGGAGGAGGAGGAGGAGAGGAGGAGGAAGAGGAGGAAGAGGAGGAGAAGGAAGAAGAAGAAGAAGAGGAAGAGGAAGAGGAAGAGGAAGAAGAGGAAGAAGAAGAAGAAGAGGAGGAAGAAGAAGACGAGGAGGAAGAAGAAGAAGAGGAGGAGGAAGAAGAAGAGGAGGAGGAAGAAGAAGAGGAGGAAGAAGAAGAGGAGGAAGAAGAAGAAGAAGAGGAGUAGGAAGAAGAAGAGGAGGAGGAGGAAGAAAAGGAGGAGGAGGAAGAAGAGGAGGA